AGUUUCUGACCAAAAGGGGUGAGAUUCACUCAUCAUGGUUUUACAGGCAAAACCAGGUCAGCCCUUGUACUAGCUGGUUUCCUCAUAUUCAAUCUUGUUCCAACACAUCUCUGACUCUGUUUUGAUCAUUAGAUUGUUUUGUUUGAUACUUGUUUCCUUUAAUUUAAUGCAUAAAAGAAUCUAAGAACUUGUCAACAUCAGAAGCUGUCAUCUAGUUCAAACCAGCUGGUGAUUUUGCAAGAUAUGUGAACUGUAUUUGUCUGUUGACUCUGUUCCUCUUAUUUGCAAUUGAAACCCGUUCAGAACCCUAAAGGGUACUCAGGUUUGUCUCUCUUGGGGCUCGCAUGAUCCAAAAGGUGCCAACUUUUCUCUUCCUUAUUCAGUUUAUUUCGUGGGGUUUUGAUUUCUGUAGUGUUUGUGAGUUCUUGUAUUGCUCUUCCCGCAUAGGAAACCCGAAUUUCAUUUCCAACCUGGCUUAGAAGAAAAUCCAUCUCUUUGUUCCUCAAUAGAUCUCCAGUCUUUAUGAUGACGGGCCAUAGAAAACCUGAAUUGUUAAUCUGGGUUUUAUCAAUUUUGUGCUUCGCAUGCUUCUCUGCAGGAUUUAAUCCUGCAGACAAUUACCUUAUAGACUGUGGAUCAUCCACCAAUACUUCAGUUGGAAACCGUGUAUUCGUUGCCGAUAACUUGGCUUCAUAUUUGCUUUCAACCCCUCAAGAUGUUCUUGCCAAAACCACUUUGAAAUCAAUCAAUUCCUCCGAAGAUUCACUGCUGUAUCAGACAGCAAGAGUCUUUACUGGAUCCUCAAAAUACACCUUUUCGAUCCGCGAGAGUGGGAGACACUGGAUCCGCCUCUAUUUUUAUCCAUUUGUAUAUGAUAGUUACAACAUGAGUGAGGCAAAGUUUGCUGUUUCGACUCAGAACCAUGUCCUUCUGAGCGAUUUCGGUGUGAAAAACACUCCUGUUGUUAAGGAAUUCUCUUUAAAUGUGACAUCAAACAACCUUGUAAUCAUCUUCACCCCUUCCAGCAAUUCGACCGCGUUCUUGAAUGCCAUAGAAGUGGUUUCAAUCCCCGAUGGGCUCAUUAAGGAUGAUGCUAACAGUGUUGGUCCAUCAGCAACGUUGCCAGACUUGUUGCCUCUGGCACUUGAGACGGUUUGGAGGGUGAACAUGGGUGGGCCAACAAUCACAGCUGAUAAUGAUACACUUUGGCGAACUUGGAUCCCCGAUCAAACUUUUCUAGUAGAUUCCAACUUUGUAGUGCCAUACGAAAAUAUUGCAGCUGUGAAAUACGUUCAGGAUGGGGCAACAGAAGAUUCAGCUCCAAAAACUGUCUAUGGUACUGCCACAGGGAUGAACUCAUCGGGUGAUCCUAGUAGUAAUUUUAAUGUGACCUGGGAGUUCAAAGUGGAUCCAGGAUUUCAAUACCUUGUUCGGUUUCACUUUUGUGAUAUAGUGAGUAAAAGUCUUAAUAUGCUCUACUUUGAUGUUUACAUUGACUCCUGGAUUGUUUAUAAGGAUCUUGAUCUGAGUUCUUAUUCGUUUAACACCUUGGGUGCUGCAUGUUAUAUGGAUUUUGUUACGCCGUCAACUGGUAGCAAUAAGCUUCAUGUAAGUGUUGGCCCGUCUACUUUGACUAAUGCUUACCCCAACGCUAUACUAAAUGGGCUGGAGAUCAUGAAAAUGAACAAUUCUCUGGGCAGUCUGAGUUCAGCAGACACUCUGAAUAUUUCCCCAGGUUCUAGUUCAAAGAAAAAUGUCAGUGUGAUAGUGGGUGUAAGCAUUGGGGCCUUUGUUGCAGUGAUGUUGGCUGGAAUUAUCUGUUUCUUGUGCAGAAAAAGAAGAAGACUGGCACUUCAACGACAUUCCAAGACAUGGAUUCCAUUAUCUACCAAUGGAGGAAUUUCGCAAUCCAUGGGAAGUAAAUUCUCUAAUGGAACAACUGUUAGUGCCAUUUUUAACUAUGGCUAUCGCAUUCCUUUUGCAGCAGUUCAAGAGGCUACAAACAAUUUUGAUGAGAGUUGGGUUAUUGGGAUUGGGGGUUUCGGGAAAGUGUACAAGGGAGUUUUAAGUGAUGGUACGAAAGUGGCAGUUAAGAGGGGAAAUCCUCGGUCCCAACAGGGACUUGCAGAGUUUCAAACUGAGAUCGAGAUGCUAUCCCAGUUCCGCCAUCGCCAUCUUGUUUCAUUGAUUGGGUACUGUGACGAAAAGAAUGAGAUGAUCUUGGUUUAUGAAUAUAUGGAAAAUGGGACCCUCAAGAGUCAUCUUUAUGGCUCAGCUCUUCCCAGCUUGAGUUGGAAGCAGAGGCUUGAAAUAUGUAUUGGAUCUGCUAGAGGACUCCAUUACCUUCACACAGGAUACGCAAAAGCAGUUAUCCAUCGCGACGUAAAGUCUGCUAAUAUCUUACUUGAUGAAAAUCUCAUGGCCAAAGUUGCUGAUUUUGGGCUCUCGAAGACAGGGCCUGAAAUUGAUCAGACCCAUGUGAGCACAGCUGUAAAAGGAAGUUUUGGAUAUCUUGAUCCUGAAUAUUUCAGAAGGCAACAACUGACGGAAAAGUCAGAUGUAUAUUCAUUUGGUGUGGUUUUGUUUGAAGUUCUUUGUGCGAGACCUGUUAUAGAUCCUUCCCUUCCAAGGGAAAUGGUGAACUUGGCUGAAUGGGCCAUGAAAUGGCAGAAGAGAGGGCAGUUGGAUCAAAUAAUAGAUUCUACUCUUGUGGGAAAAAUUAAACCAGAUUCUCUUAGGAAGUUCGGAGAGACUGCUGAGAAAUGCUUGGCUGACUAUGGUGUUGACAGGCCCUCCAUGGGAGAUAUCCUAUGGAAUCUUGAAUAUGCUCUUCAAAUUGAAGAGGCAGUUAUUGCUGGUGAUCCUGAAGAAAACAGUACAAUUAUGAUUGGUGAACUCUCUCCUCAAGUGAACAAUUUUGGUGACAGCAAUACUAGUGUUACUACCAUGCCGUUUGAAGCGUCAAGCGUGAAUGAUCUUUCAGGUGUUUCCAUGAGUAGGGUGUUCUCACAGCUGGUGAAAUCUGAGGGCAGGUGACUGACUGGAGAUUGUACUCUCUAUGGUUUCAGCUACUUUCUGAUAAAAGCUUCUGUGCUUUUUUCCUCUGAGCGACCACUGUUCACCAUGUUGCAGUAGAAACACUGUCUAGAUUCUGUUAUUCAUAAAAUGAGACCUAGAAUUGCUGAAAUAUGUUUGAUUUUCAGGUAAAAUUAUGUGAGCAUCUCCUUGUAGAAUAUGUCUUGUUGUUUGAUUGGUAGCUGGAAAAUCCAAAGAGGAACUCUGCUCCAUUCCAUAGUGCUUAAAAUCUUUGUGGUCAUGUCCUUUGUGGAGUUCUGCAACUGUGCGUUCUAUUUUGUACAGAAAUGCUGGUGGUUCAAGUGUGUUUUAGCAGUUUAUAAAGGAUGUUCCAUCUUAAA